CUCCACGUGAACACUUCACUAUUUCAAUAUCACACGAUAUAUGCGUUCGCGCAUACAUCCCGCCGGCUUAUUUAUCCGAUAAUAACGAUACGACAAUUAUAGAUUUCAGACGUCCGUUUGAAAAAAAAAACAGUCCGUACGGUUGUCUGCAGCGACGAGGGACUGCAAAAGAGCAAAAAAUAAAAACCAACUUACACACAUAUAUAGGCCCGGCGCGUAGAGCGCAAAAUCUCGCGGAGCGUUCCAGCAACCGUUUUCCUCGAGGUAGCGAAAUGUGUACAGUGCAUCGCGAUGUGCCGUUCCGUCACCACGUGAGAGCGAUAUUAUUUUAACGCGACUCGCCCGCCAAUAGUACGCCGCAAGACAAAACAAAUCGUAAGAAUUUUUUUUUUCUCAGUCGCCCCCAGUGAAAUACUAUUCCGACGACCGCGUGCGCGUGUGUGUGUGUGUUUUUCAAUUUCAAUAAAUUAGAAAAUUUUAGUCGUCCUACACUAUACAGUAUAUUUCUAUACUCCGAGAUUAGUUUCGCCGCCGUAAUAUAUGUAGUUACUACAACGCGUGCGAUAACAAUUGCGACUCGUAUCGUGACAUUGCAUCGAUAUUCCGUAUACGAUUUAUCGUUUUCGAUUCCCUCGGAUUCUUAGAACCAACAGCGCCGGAGUUAAAAAUAUACGAACUUCAAUUUGGAUAUAUGGCACCACUCUCGGGACCCAAACUCCAAUAAGGCGCCAACGUGAACAUAUUUUGAUUGGUGAUCAUCGCUGCAUUGUCCGUCAUCGUAUGGUGUAAAUAAUGUCGAAUAAUGCACUCGGCGGACGACGCCGCGAAACGAUACGGAGUUACCGGGAGACCACUCAGAUAAUAUAAAUAACGAAGACGAAAAUCGUCGUUGAACUUUAAGUCAUUAAGGUUUUCCGGAGCGGGCCAUGAACGGAUCGGAUUUCGGCGGGCCCAACUCGACCAGCAACGAAACCGACGGCGCGGCGUGGCCGGACAGUAACCAGUUCGAGCUGCCAUGGUGGCACCAGCUGGCAUGGACGGUGCUGUUCGUGCCCAUGAUCAUGGUGGCCACGGGCGGCAACCUGAUCGUCAUAUGGAUCGUCAUGACCAACAAGCGGAUGCGGAACGUGACCAACUACUUCCUGGUGAACCUGUCCAUAGCGGACGCCAUGGUGUCCACGCUCAACGUGUCCGUAAACUUUAGUUACAUGCUGACCAGCAACUGGACGUUCGGCACGGCCUAUUGCAAGAUCAGCCAGUUCGUGGCCGUGCUGUCCAUAUGCGCCAGCGUGUUCACCCUGAUGGCCAUAUCCAUCGACAGGUACAUAGCAAUAAUUCACCCUCUGAGGCCGCGUCUGGGCCGGAAGACGACGCUGAUGAUAGCCACCAGCAUUUGGGUGGUGGGCACCAUACUGUCCAUACCGAACCUGAUAUUCUUCACCACGCACACGGAACAGUUUCCCAACGGUGACCAGCGGGUCAUAUGCUACGCCGAGUGGCCGGACGGAAUCACCACCAACAGCUUUCAGGAAUACGUCUAUAACGUUUCGUUUAUGAUAAUUACGUAUUUCAUUCCCAUUGGACUGAUGGGUUUCACCUACGCUAUGAUCGGACACGAGCUGUGGGGAAGUCAGAGCAUCGGAGAAUGUACACAGAGGCAGUUGGAGCACAUCAAGUCCAAGAGAAGAGUUGUGAAAAUGAUGAUCGUUGUCGUGACGAUUUUCGCCAUUUGUUGGCUGCCGUACCAUAUUUACUUCAUUGUCACAUCUCAUAUGCCGGAAUUAACUAACGCACCGUACAUUCAAGACGUAUAUUUGGCCUUUUACUGGCUAGCGAUGUCUAAUUCUAUGCACAACCCUAUCGUGUACUGUUGGAUGAACUCCAGAUUCCGCCAAGGAUUCAAGCAGUUCUUCUCUUUCGUGCCGUGCAUCAAUGUGAGAACCGGCAGCCUGAUCCGACGGGAAGUUGUCACCAGCAGGCACCGUUUGCAUACCCUUGAACCACCUGUGCGCCGACAACGGGAGAGGUCACUUGAAGGUGCCGACCGCUCAUUGGAGGCAGGCGAAAAAACACGGCAUCGACAGCAGCGUUGGCGAGAUGAGCAGCACCAGUUUCAGCAACACGGGAACGGUGGCGGGGGAAUCGAUUGUCAUGGCGAGUACAUCGACCUACAGCAAAAACAGCAACAUCAACUGCGGAGAAGGCAGCCAGAAGACCGGUCUAGGAAAAAAUGCAAGCUCCGCAUCCUGACGACAACCGUCGCAAAAGGACGACGGGGACCGCGAUCUCCGUCACCGUCGGUCGUCGGCGACCGAUGUUACUACUCCGAGGAAUGCUGCAAAACAGCAGAUUUGGAUUUAACGACUGGGCUGGUCACUCUGUCCGCUGCCACCACUUGAUAGAUCCACUAUAGAUUCGUGGGAGAUAAUGCAAGGUCUCUAAGUACCACUUGGAUAAUACUUUGCGAAUACAGUUAUCGUAUUUCAUAAAUCAAAUUUAAGUGCAGUAUACGUGUGUGCGUGUGUGUGUAUUCGUGCGCACUCCGAGCUCGUUUGUGGAAUAUCAGUGUACCAAAUUCCAAACCAUUUGAGAGAGAAACAGUGACUUACGACCACCCGAAUCUGAUCGUCCAUAAAAUCAUCCUCAAACAAAAUCCCUCCGGUAAAAAUCAAAUAAAUUUAUCAAUGUAGUUAACUAGUGUUUGAGGUCUAUAUUAGACAAGUUUUAAACAGAAUUUCCGCAGGCAUUGAGCGUGUUUUGAGGUCACUAAUACAAAAGACCAAACACGAAGAAAGACGCUCGGGCACCUGACACACCCAAUUUUAUCAUAUUAUUAUAAAAUGUACAAUAUCUUGUUCGCACUUCAGUACAUUAUGUAUGCGAAUAGCACUAGAAUAUUAGAAACUGUCUUUUCCACGAGCAUGCACCAUUUAUGGCCAAAAAUAAAACCUUAAGAAAAUAACAUGUUUAGUAUAUACGCUUGUCUCAACCACCAUUCUGAAAAGGCGAUUCCAAUCAUUCCAAACAUGAAUAUCGGUAGUUCAUAUGCAGAUAUGCUCAUGCAAUUUUGAUAAUAAAAUAAAUAUCGGUACGUACUAUUAUUUAAAUGUUUCAAAAAUUAAUCACAACUAACGCGGAACUAUUAAACAAGAUGUUUACAUUAUCCAAUUCGGUAUAGUUUAAAUCGAUUCAAAUAUUCGAUUCCUACAUUAUACUUUAUUGAGAUUUACUCGUAUUGUGAUAUUUUUCCCCACUUGAAUAACUCUAUACAACAUAAUUUCCAGUACGGAUAGUCAAUUUAUGUGGCACACGAAUUGACUAUGUAUAUGGACAAAUUUUUAGUAAAAAUAUAAUAUCUUCAAUAUAAAUAAUUUAUCUUUUUCGUACCAUAAUUUGGAGAAACAGUUUUCAUUCACAGUGAGUCGGUUAUAGUACUAUUGUGAGUUUUUAAACACUAAAUUACUUGAAUAUCUUAAUCAUACUAUGACAGACUAAGGGAGGUAUACCAAACAGAAAAUACUUAAUAGAGUUUACUGCAAAUAUUUUAAGUUAAAUCUCUUUUAUCAAAUCCAACCUCGAUAAUAUAUUUCUUUUUAAGUAAAACAAAUAACUCUUUAACAUUGAUCGAAUUAAAUUUAGUUUACCAUUGUGAUUUAAUACUGUUCAAAGUUCAAAACAAAAACAGAAUAAACAAUUCCCUACCAGUUAAAUAAUGAAUAAUUAAUGAAAAAAUAAUAGUUAAAAAUGUUUUUGAUAACAAAUUAUUACUUUCAUACUUAUUUUUUAAAUUUUUUAAUGAUUCAACAAUAUUACUAUUCAAAAAACCAAAAUCAAAUCAACGGCAUUAAGUGAAGGGUCUCUUCUUGAACGUACAAAAACCCAUUUAUUCAUACCAUGGUAAAAAUCAUUACUACCCAUGUACUUAAGCAACAUUAUUGCAUAAACCUAACAAUUUAAAUUAAAUAACAAUAUACUGCAGGUUUACAUAUUAUAGGAGUACGGUAAUUAAACGAAAUCUUCGAUUCUAGCGCCCAACGUUGAAUAACGGUAAUUUAAACAUUUAUUUUCUUUUUCUUUUUUCGGGCAACUAGCUGCAAGAGAAGCUUAUAAAACACCCUAACCACCGCCACCGCCACCGUAACCACCACCACCGCCACCGACACCAAAACCACCACCGCUCCUCCUACGAAUACCGCUUAUAAUUUAAUAAUAUGUACCUACGUGCGCGUCCGUAUAUAAGGAUUACGUGUGAUUUUAAUCCAUUACACAAACCCUCCGUGCGAGUCGUUGAUGCUGUGUAAACGCAUUCAAAGUCCUCGUUUCACGGCUAAUUCCUCGUUCGUUCGAUAAGACUUGGCCGUUUCGCAAUAUAGUGCUUUUAGGAAAUCACGUUCCGUUUAUACACGAAAUGUCACUGGGUUCAAUGUAUUACCCUAACCUGUUAAAUCUAUCUAUCAAUCGUGUCCAAUAAUUGGACAAAAUGAUUUCGUUUGUUACUUUUUUACACUUUGUUACGCGAUGACGUUUUUACGUUUUCGACUUGCCUAUCAAAAUCUAAAUGUGGAAAAAUCAAUACAACUCGACUAUCUAACAAUAUCAUUUUCGUCAAUUUUUCUUAACUGAAUCGACUACUUAUGUUAUUUCACUCGCGCCAUACUGUUAUACCAAAAUCGUAGUUCAUUCCACAGCCGUUAUUAUUAUCAAAAUAUUAACACAGGUGAGGUACUGGUCUUACGGUGGACAGACGACACUACAAUGUACUCUUGUUAUUCUAGCACAAAAAUUAGUCUAAUUUGAGAUCCGCCUUACAGCGAUCAAUAUCAAUAAUAAUUUAAUUGUAUUUUCUUACCAAUUUUUAUUGUGGUUUAUUGUAUUUUAUUAAAUUAAAAGCACUAUCCGUAUACAAUCACCAUUUGAAUUUUUGCAUAAUUCAUAACUAUAAAUUAUGCCGUUUAAUAUGUGUACAUAUGUGCACAUGUUCAUUAUAUCUUAUGUGUGACUUUUUGGAUGUAUUUGAGUCCACCAUGCAUAGAUUUAUAAUCUGAACAUAAUAUGUGAAAACAUUUUUUUAAUUCGUAAAAAUAACCAAAUAACCAAUUUUCAUAUAAUUUUUCAUCGAAAUUGUACAUAAAUAAUAAAUACAUAAUAAAUAAUAAUACAUAAUUAGGUUACGUAAAUCCUUUCUACAGUUUUAAACAAAAUUAGCGGUCCUGCAACAAUAUAAGACCCAUCACUAUCUUAUAUAUAACAUUAAAAUAUAUAUAGCGACCUCUCAUUGAUGUAUUUUACUUUCAGAAUAUCUUAUUGAUUUAUAAUCAUUAUGUAUUUAUGUAUCUUAUACUUAACGUAAACAUUUUAUUUCAAUCAUCUGUAAGUUUACAUGGAACUAUCAUAAAUGAAAGCUAGGUACAUAAAUAAAAAUAUAUAAGACUAUGAAAAAUAGUACAUGAUAAAAUGUAUGAGAAAAAAAUUCAACUUCUCACUCAAAAAAAUACAUAAAAAAAUAACAAUAACUAAAACAAAAUAAAACACAAAUCAUUACAUUGUAACCCCUAAACACAGAUUAUGAUAUUAAAAUUCAAUUUUUUUGUGUAACAACUUUUUAUUUUAAUU